AUGAAAGACUUCGACGUGAUUUUGGGUAUGGAUUCGUUGGGAGUAUCGGCCUUGCAAGCUGAGAAAAUGAUGAGAAAAGAAACGUACCAAGAGUUUCUAGUUAACAUCUCAGGACAAAAACAGACGACAAUAAAGAUUGAGGACGUACCAGUGGUACGAGAGUUUAUAGAUGUGUUUCCAGAAGACCUACCUGGUACUCCUCUAGAUAGACAGGUGGAGUUCAAAAAAGAUCUGGUUCUCGAAGCGGCACCAAAGAAAGAUGGAAGUAUGAGGAUGUAUAUUGACUACCGGGAGUUAAACCGUUUCACCAUAAAGAAUAAAUACCCUCUCCCGAGAAUCGAGGAUUUAUUUGACCAAUUGAAAGGGGUUAAGGCAUUUUCCAAGAUCGACUUACGAUCUGGAUACCAUCAGUUGAAGGUUAAGGAAAGUGACAUACCCAAGACAGCUUUUCGAACUCGUUAUGGACAUUACGAGUUCAUAGUUAUGCCAUUCGGGUUGACAAAUGCUCCGGCAGUGUUCAUAGAUUUAAUUAAUCGUAGUAAAGAUCAACAUGAAGAGCAUCUUAGAAUGGCGUUAGAAACACUGCGUGAGGAAAGUGAUGCAUCCAAACAAGGCUUAAGAUGUGUACUGAUGCAGCACGGAAAAGUGAUUGCCUAUGCAUCAAGGCAAUUGAAGCAGCAUGAACUGAACUACCCGACGCAUGAUCUAGAACUUGCUACAGUAGUGCAUGCUUUAAAGAUAUGGCGCCAUUACUUAUAUGGAGGGAAGUGCGACAUUUACACGGAUCAUAAAACUAAUGUUGUUGCCGAUGCGCUAAGUAGAAAGUCAGACUUGGAGAAUUUACGAGUCGAAAUAAUUGCCACACCAGAGCAAGUCACCACCCGUUUAGCAACUUUGGUGGUUCGACCUACUCUUAGAGAUCGGAUCAUUGAGGCACAAGGUAAGGAUCCAUUCUUGCAAAAGAUCAAGAACGAGAUUGGUAAUGAUAAAAGAAAGGACUUUAGAAUAGCUUCGGAUAGGGCUCUGAUGUUUAAAGGAAGGAUUUAUGUACUUAAGGAUGAAGUUUUGAGGAAGGAGAUAUUGGAGGAGGCUCAUAUCACUCCAUACACUGCACAUCCUGACGAUAUCGGAUUUUUCCGAAAAUCCAUCUACGUGCAACCGUAUGAAUUAAUGGUUGAUUUUGUUCUUUUGUUGGGGACACGGAUGAUUGUGGUUGAAGAUGCAAUUCGACAUGGAAAAAUCGGUUAUGUUUAA